GCCCCGCUGGUGUGACUUGCAGACAUGCUGCCACUGUAGAGCCACUCAGCUGCCCCCAAGGUUACUAUUGUCCAUCUCAGACCGCCAUGCCCCUGCCAUGCCCUGAGGGCACCCUGAACACCUUGGAGGGGGCACUGUCCCCUGCAGCAUGCAAGCCAUGCCCGGUGGGGAGGUACUGUCGGGGCCACGCGAACUGGGAGCCGGAUGGGUUGUGUUCAGCUGGAUAUUACUGCGCAGGAGGGGCUGCUGACGCUGUCCCACGCAGGACCCCUGGGUUCCCGCUCAAUGGGCCCUGCCCCCUUGGGCACUACUGUCCAGAGGGCACUCUCUUCCCUGUCGCCUGCCCAGUGGGCACCCUAAAUAACUCCACAGGCGGCUCCUCCCAGGACAGCUGUGUGCCGUGCUAUCCUGGCUUCUUCUGCGCUAGCGUCGGUCUGAGCUCACCCACGGGACCUUGUGCUGCCGGGUUUUACUGCCCAGCCAACUUCAGCUCCUUCAGCCCCACUGCCUUCCUCUGCCUGAAGGGUCACUUCUGUACUUCAGGGGCUGCCUACCCUACCCCAUGCUCCACCGGGGAGUACCAGCCAAAUAGGGGGUCAGAGUCCUGCAUCCCCUGCCAGCCGGGCUUCUACUGCCAGGAGACGGUCUCAGGAGACCCCAAACACUGCCCAUCACACACCUACUGUCCAGCAGGCACCCUGGUUCCUUAUCCAUGCCCUGAUGGCACAUUUACUCCGCCGAACAAAACCGGUCUGCAAGACGAGAGGGAAUGCCUGGCCUGCUCGGCUGGUUUGAAUUUCCGAACUUCAGGCUCGUGGAAACUCUCCUUUGUUUUGUGUUGUGAAGCUAGGAGGAUAGAAAUGCACCCUCUCCUCCCACUCCUCUACACCACUUAUGUCACGCUAGACGUCAUACUCAGGGGCGGACGGCUGGAGGGGAAGUGUGCUGCUGGGUACUUCUGCCAGGCCAGGAGCUUUGAAUCAACUCCCCAAGGCCACGACUUCCCAUGGAGCUCCCUGGCUGAGUGCCCCUGGGGGCAGGUGUGCGCAGGACUGUGCCCUGCAGGUUUCUAUUGCCAGGAGGGAUCCGAGGUGCCCACACCAUGCCCCCCCAACACCAUCCGAGCUGUCCCAGGGGCCAGCCAAAGAGAAGACUGCCUGCCUUGCCCCCCAGGCCGCUGGUGUCAAGCAGGAGACCCAGUGAGCUACCUCUGCCCUUCUGGACACUACUGCACUGGGGGGAACAUCACUGGUCCCAGCAGCGUCAUGGUCCCUCAGCAGUGUCCUGAGCAUACCUACUACCCAGGCCUAGGAGCACAGAGCCUAGCAGACUGCCAGCCUUGCCCUCCUGGCUACCGCUGUCCCAUGCCAGGCCUUACCACCUUUGAAGAUUACCCUUGCCCCCCUGGGCACUGGUGCCCAGGGGAAGGAGACACUUUCCUUUGCCCACCUGGCACCUUCAGGACCCAGCCUGGUGCAGCCUCCUUGGACGAGUGUGACCCCUGCUCUCCUGGAUAUUAUUGCCCAGACCCAGCCCAGACAAAGAUGCCCAAUAUCCAAGGAACACCUUGUGAACCUGGCUAUGAAUGCCCACCUGGUUCAGUAAAUCCAAUCAUAUGCAGACCUGGCUUCUACUGUGGGCUUCAUACAGGGUUCCCUUCCAUGUGUCCUGGUGGGUAUUACUGUCCUGAAGGAUCCUCGAGGUACAACACCCCCGAGCAGCUGUGUGUGUUUCCCUAUUACUGCCCCCCCGGGAGUGUGCAUCCGCUUCCCUGCAAAGGAGGAUACAUGGCGUGCAACGUGACAGGCCCCAGGGACUCCUUUGAGACAUGCUGCAGGCUCUGUGAUGCUGGCACCUACCGUAGUGACUUCCUCACCACCCCAUCCUGCCAGCCCUGCCCAGCAGGCUUCACCUGCCCACCCGGCAGUUCAAAUUACCUCCAGCAGCCCUGCCCCAGAGGCUAUUACUGCCCUCCCAUGGCACAUGCCCCUGAGCCCUGCCCCCCUGGGACGCACGGGAACAGCAGCCUUGCAAAGCACCCUGAUGAAUGCCAUGCCUGUCCUGCUGGUUCCUUCAACCACCUCCAUGCUCAGACAGGGUGUUUUCCCUGCGGGAGCUCUUCCUCCUCACAGCCAGGUGCUACCAGCUGUAGCUGCCAUGGGCUGAACCGGGCAUUUCAGCAGUCAGAUGGCUCCUGUAUCUGCCAGGCAGGGUAUGUUUACUAUGAUGAAAGAGGCAAGAAAAGUUCUGACAGCAACAGUGACCAGGACUGCCAGUCUCAGGUGGAGGAGCGCUGCGCUCCCGGAGAGGUCCGUCUGGCAUCCACGCGCCAGUGUGUUUCACCCGAACAGUAUGACUGCUCUCCUUUCUGUGGCCCAGUGGGUGGAGAACUCAACGCAGAGCUGGGCAUGUGUCACUGUGAACAAUACGUCUCUGCUGAAGAGCUGUGUGACCGGGAGUGCCUGCUGAGAGCCCCACAGAUCUCUCUGAGGGUUGGCAUCAAUCGAGAGCUGCUUCUGAGUGUGGAGGAGGGAGAGGACAGAGAAGUGACUGGCAUCCUGGGACCAGAUGAGCACGUGCAGAGGAGCCAGCGGGUGCAUUUUGUUCUGUUUAGCCCAGGCGGGGUAUUGGGUGUCAUGAUUUCCAGCACAGAAGAGCUCAAUGAAUUCCUCACAGCCUCAGGAGGAUUUGGGCUAGCUACACCCUUGCAGAAAGGUCGGCAUAGCAAGGCCAUCCCUGCCAAGGAUCCACACCACUUACCCCACAUCCCAAACCCCAUCGUGUGUAUGCAUGUGGGAGACACCAUCCUCUUCCAGCUCAGCAUCCAUCCCCAUGAUCGCGCUUCCAGCCACUACCCAGUCUAUCAGAAACAGCAUCUUUACAACAGCAACCCCAGCUGGGAUUUCGGUCCCUUCCGACGACUGGACCACCUCAUUCAGGAGACCCACCUCAACAUCUCCAAGUUUGCCCACGUUUUCCCAGAUCCUGGGAGAUACGUUUUCAGGGACAGCACCAUCCAGGACCGUACCUUGAUUGUGACUGUGAAUGAGGAGAACAUGGGCUGUGACCCUAAGGAUUCCUCCUUUCAGCCCUCGUCUCCAUACCAGCUGGCCAGGCAUGGGAUCCUGAAGCCCCGGAAACUAAAUCUAGCGCCCAACUGGGCAGCUGUCACAGCAGUGCUCUUUGUCCUGGGCUUCUUGAUCCUCAUGCUGCUGACCCUGGCAAUUGUGCUGAGGCCCCCCAUCUCCAACCCCAGCCCCAUGAAGAGCUGGAAGCCACGAUGGAGGAGCCUGGGUGAGCCACACAUCCCUCCGGAGUAUGUCCUCAUUAAAGACAGCCUUCAGUUUUAUGAAGCUCUUGGCCCCCACGGCUCUGGAGAAGGAGCUGAUACUGGAGAGAAAGCAAUUAUUUACGGUGCAGGAGAGCAGCGUGCCCUGAGAAACCUGGAGGAUUUCAGUGUCCGCACCCUGUAUGAUAAGCUGGAGGACCAGAACCUGCACCUGGCAUCUCAGUUGACCAAACACAGAACGGAGGUGAUGGCCUUUUACAGGGGGAUCAGCCAGAGGAUCCAGGAUCUGGCGGAUAUGGCACAGGCUCUGAACUCCGAAGGGCUGAAAGUCCUCACCAAGCAAAGGGUCCCUGUGGAUAAGACCCAAAGCACCACUCAGGGAGCCACAGGUACUCGGAAGUGCAAUGAACCCACUGGCAAUGAUGUUCAAGCAGUGGACUAUGCAGGUGCCGAGUGGCGAGAGGCAAUGGAGUUAAUGAAAGCACUGAAAAUCCUCCUUGGUAAAGUCCAUUGUGGGAACGUGGCUGUGAAGAUGGAGGUGACACAGCAGCUCCUGGGACAGGACAGGAUGGCCAGUCAAGGGAAAGCAGAAACAGAGCAAGGACAGGACCCUGCUCUGUCCCUACAGCAUGGUCUCUCCAGUAGGAAAGGUGCCUUUGCUGGCCUUCCUGGCUAUGAGGAACAAGGGUUAGGCCUGCAGCCUGGGAGUGCCACGCUGGCCUGUCUCACUGAGCUGGAAGUGGAGUGCCUGAUGGCAACUUCCCCCCUCGCCAAGACCCUGCAGGAGAUCAAGCAGGCUUUGGAGAUGCAACAGCAGCUGGAACAGCGUCCUAGUCCUCCUCCUGCUCCAGAGGCAGGGUUGCGUGACUGCUCUCCAGGACUCACUGGGAAUGCCCUAGUCCCCAUGGAUCUAGCCAGCUUGUCUCCUCGGCAAUUUGUGGUAUACCGUUUUGGCUGUGCCAUGGUUCGUCUGCUAAGCAAGGCCUGCUUCCACCCAGCGCUGGUGCUCAUGUUGGCUCAGGCAAUCCCAGACCAAGAUCUGGCAGGGACUCAAGAGGAUUUUCAGAGCCCUGGAGCCUUUUACUAUGAUGCCGUCAACAGACUUCUGUACCUACAUCCAGCAGAGCUGGAGAAUGUGGGGGCAUUUAUUGCCACCCUGCUGAAUGCCCUGGCAAGGAUCAAAACAGGAUCUACCUCAGCUGCAGCUGCUGGUUCUUGCUUUCAGAGGGAGCUCAACAGAGCCAUCAUGGCUCUAGCCAAUGCCUUUUUCCAGAGUUCCUGGGGAGCGGCAGAGAAGGAUCCUAUAGAAGAUAACUCAUCCACUCUUUUAGACUCCCGGACAAUAUUUGAAGAACUGCUGAGGGUUCAAAUGUCACCAGAUCCCUGCUGCCAUGAGAAAUCCCAACAUGAGAGGUUGCAACAUUACCAAUGCUUCCAGCUGCAGGCAGAGAUCCUGGAUUCUGUUGAAAAUUCGGGGAGAGAAGAAGCCGGGAAACGGUCUGAAAACGCAGGCAAGAAGAAUGCCGAUUCCCUUCAUGUUCAGGAGCUGCCUGUUUCCCCCAAGCCACAUGAGAAGGAUCCAGGGUCAGUUCUGCUGAGUGUUAUCUGA